AUGUGCUGCGCCAGGCCACCUCAUGUUUCAUUUGAACCACAAAAAAGGCGAACAACUAACAGAGAUAUUCAACCAUUUUCAGAUGAACACGAGGAUCAUGGUAGUGCGGACAACGAUGAGGAGUCUGCGGAUGAGGAGGAUGGCGGCGGCGAGUCUGAUGAGGUCGAAGAGUCAGAUGAUGAGGGUGGCCAGAAUGAUGAGGAAGUUGGGAAUGAGGAUGAUGUUGGUGCGGACAACGAUGAGGAGUCUGCGGAUGAGGAGGAUGGCGGCGGCGAGUCUGAUGAGGUCGUAGAUGACGGCGAUGCAGAUGACGGGGACAUUGGAGUCGAAGGGGGUGAUUUGGACGAGGGAGGCGACGCGAGGGGUGAUUUGGACGAGGGAGGCGACGCGAGUGAGUUUGAUGAGAAUGGUGGGGGUGAUGAGGAAUUGUUUGAAGAGCAGGAAGAGUCAGAUGAUGAGGGUGGCCAGAAUGAUGAGGAAGUUGGGAAUGAGGAUGAUGUUGGUGCGGACAACGAUGAGGAGUCUGCGGAUGAGGAGGAUGGCGGCGGCGAGUCUGAUGAGGUCGUAGAUGACGGCGAUGCAGAUGACGGGGACAUUGGAGUCGAAGGGGGUGAUUUGGACGAGGGAGGCGACGCGAGUGAGUUUGAUGAGAAUGGUGGGGGUGAUGAGGAAUUGUUUGAAGAGCAGGAAGACGUGGACGUAGAUGCAAACGUUGUUGAAGAAUUUAUUAGCUCGGUAAUCCCUGAUGAAUGCAAGAUCUAUUUUGAUGUGUCGAGAAACCCCAACAGUGAUUUUUCCGGUGGACCCUCUCUUGACUCUUCUUCUGAUAGCCCAGUCCUUCUCCCAGAAACUCUCAGUGUUGGCAAUGUGGAGCACUCUUUCUCGGGUGUCGAUGGAAAUCUCAUGGAAUCAGAAAUUCCUGGGGAAAAUAAUACUGAAACUGAUGAAGACAACGAAUCCUCUGAGGAGCAUAAUUUGGACGUUCCCGAUGAAGAAGGUGUACAGCAACAUGAAGGUGUAAAUAUAGAUGAAGCGGAUCAUGCGGGAGAAUACGAAGCUGACUUUGCUGGUGAGGCAGAUGAGGAAUUCGACAGUAAUCCUGGUGAGUACUAA